AUGGCCACACCAAACGCUGAUGUUGACCAUGAAAAACAGCAAGCACAUCUGGGGGACUCCAAGGACAUCGAGGUGAUCAGUGACCAAGACAGUGGGUUUGGCGUCCUCGAGGACGAACGGGACAUCGCAACCCAUGUCAUCACCGUCGCGGACGACCCGUCAUUGAAUCCUUGGACCUUCCGAGCUUUCAUCGUUGGCAUUGGCCUUUCAGCCUUCGGUGGUGUUCUGGCUGAAAUCUACUACUUCAAACCGCAAACGGUUUUGGUGUCGACUAUGUUCUUGGCCAUCAUAUCCUACGUGCUGGGGAUUGCAAUGGAAGCUGUCAUUCCCACCAAAGGACUUUUCCGAUACCUCAACCCUCAUCCUUUCAACAAGAAGGAGAAUGCCUUUAUUGUCAUCAUGGCCAGCGCUGCGGCCAAUUCGGCCCUUGGGACUGAGGUUCUCGCCGUCCAGCGGCUAUACUACAACAUUACGCCUAACCCUGCGGCAAGCAUAUUCCUUCUUUUCUCCAGUCAACUACUUGGUUACGGAAUCGGAGGAUUGUUCAGAAAUGUUCUUCUUUACCCCUCCAAGAUGCUAUAUCCUGGAGUCCUACCCCUUGUGUCCAUGUUUGAUGCCCUAUUUAAAGAUGUAGCUGGAUCUCAGAAAAAACUCCGUUUGUUCUGGAUAGCUUUUGGAGCAAUCUUCAUUUGGGAACUCUUCCCUGAGUGGAUUUUCCCGCUCCUGACUGGUCUAUCAAUUUUCUGUCUCGCAAACCAAAAGAAUGCAGAUUUCACACGCGUCUUCGGCGGAUCGAAUGGAAAUGAGGGUCUUGGGCUGCUUUCUAUCUGUUUCGACUGGCAAUACAUAUCUGGAGGCUACAAUCCCAUGGCGAUUCCACUCCGUGCGCAGUUUUCGAAUUUGUUGGGAUACAUUCUGUGCAUAGUCGUAUUUGUUGGAGUCUAUUAUAAGGACAUCUGGUCCUCAAAGAGUUUCCCUUUCCUGUCUCAAGAGUUAUUCUACCCUGAUGGCACGGUAUAUAAUCAGACCCUCAUUUUAAACGAUAAGUUUGAAGUAGAUCCCAAAUUGCUUGCCGAGCAAGGACUGCCAUUUUACGCCGGGACAUGGGUUGUACAAUUGCUCUCCACUAAUCUUGGGAUGGGUGCCACAUUUGCCCAUCUCCUCAUUUGGAACUUUGACGACAUGAAGCAAGCAUGGGAGUGGAUGACUCCAUCUGGAAUCAGAAAAAUGUUUGGCAACUUUAAUUGGAGAUUCUGGAAGGACUCCGGUAUGCGCGAGCAACAACAACAGGAUGAGACGCUUGAUCCCCAUUAUCGCGAGAUGCUGAAGUACCCUGACGCACCCAAUAGUUGGUACCUGGUGACCCUAAUCAUCUCUAUCAUCAUGGGCCUCGUUAUCAUCUACAAGACCAAUUCAACUCUCCCAUGGUGGGGUUUCCUUAUCAGCAUCAUCCUGGCCACACUGUCUAUUCUUUUCUUCGGAACAUUGUAUGCCAUCACUGGGCUUCAAUUUAUCAUUCAGCCGUUCAUUCAGAUGAUCGGUGGCUUCAUUCAUCCAGGAAAGCCCAUGGCCAACAUGUACUUUGUUCUUUUUGGCUACAACUCCGUUUCACAAGCCCAGUUGUUGUUGCGUGACCUUAAAAUCGCACAAUACACCAAACUACCUCCCCGUGCAGCGUUUACCGCCCAGAUUGUUGGCACAUUGUUUGGAAGCGUGUUGAAUUUCAUCUUGAUGAAUUCCAUUAUCGACAACCAACGAGAGAUUCUUUUGUCUGUUGAAGGUACCAAUAUUUGGUCAGGGCAGCAGCCACAACAAUACAACUCUCAAGCAAUUGCGUGGGGUGCCUUAAGCCACCAACUAUUCGCAAUCGGAAAACGUUACCAGUUCGUCGCUUGGGCGUACCUGAUCGGAUUCCUUGUCCCCAUUCCCUUCUGGAUCUGCCAUAAGUUAUGGCCCAAGUUAAGAGCCGAUUAUCUGUACACACCUGUGAUUUGCUAUUACAUCGGCUGGCUGUGCGUCGGUAUAAACUCUUCUAUCCUGUCGUACUUCGCUAUUGCAUGGGCAUCGCAAUGGUGGUUGCGAACACGCUAUCCUCGGUGGUUUACCAAGUACAAUUACAUUCUUGCCGCUGCUUUGGACGGGGGAACCCAGGUAAUGGUUUUCAUCCUAUCAUUUGCCGUUGCUGGUGCUUCAGGCGAAUCCCAUCUCUUCCCACAAUGGUGGGGCGCCAACCAAAACGGAAACUACGACAGGUGCCAGUUCAUCGAUACCUAA